UUUGGGAGUAGCAAACUAAGAUGCUAUCAUGUGGCUAAUUGCCAAAGACAGCGAGCGUUUUCAUUGCCAUGGCCAGGACUAAAGGACUCGAAGGACUAAAGUAAACAACAUUAGCCAAAAUGGCAAUUUGCAGAUACGGCCACCAAACAAAUGUCUAGACAGGGCAGGACUAAAGUCCCGGUGCUCUGGUACACCUGCCCAGGUAGUUAAAUUAAUCAUGAACGUACCGCUCCUGGGGGAGGAAAAAGGAUCUGUAGUGGGAGUUGCCGAGCAAACGCCUUUCGGCAAGAUGCAUUCGAUACCCAGCAAGCGAACAUGUCGAACAAUUGCAAAUAAAUUAGUGAAAACUAAUACGAAACGAACGAAUUUUCGCUUGACGCAAAAAAAAGGAAAUAUACCUGAAACAAAAGACGGACGGAGAGCCAGACGUGAAAACCGCAAAAUGACAAUCGUAAACGGCACCGCAGGAUGCCAAAGGAUACCUCAGGAUGCUAGCAGGCAGGCAGGCGGGUGGACCUUCGGGACACCAGAGAAUCCUGGGUGGGUUGAUCCCGACAACACCCACAACCGAUCCGUGAUUCGUGUCCUGCCCGCCUUUGUUUUUGGCAAGGGACCAGACACAUGCGGCGUUGCAGGCGGCGCUGGAACAAACCACUUGGAAGGACGAAUGUCUGGACCUUGUCACUGAUGCUUGACCAAAAAGUACACUUGAAAAAAUAAAUCUUUUUUUAUUUCUAG